AUGGACUAUAUUAAAAAGGCAAUCUGGGGUCCUGAUCCUAAAGAGCAACAGAAGAGAAUCAAGUCUGUACUGAGGAAGAAUGGUCGAAGUAUAGAUAAAUCACUGCGAGAGCUGGCGGUGCUGCAGAAUAAAACCCAACAACUUAUCAAGAAAUCGGCAAAGAAGAAUGAUAUUAAGACAGUUCGAUUAUAUGCUAAAGAACUAUACCAAAUCAAUAAACAGUAUGAUAGAAUGUACACUUCCAGAGCACAGUUAGAUUCCGUUCGAAUGAAGAUAGACGAAGCGGUCAGAAUGAACUCCUUAUCGAAUCAGAUGGCUGAUAGUGCGGGCUUGAUGAGGGAAGUAAAUUCCUUAGUGAGACUACCUCAAUUGAGAAAUACCAUGAUAGAAUUAGAAAAGGAAUUGAUGAAGUCUGGUAUUAUAAGCGAAAUGGUUGAUGAUACAAUGGAGAGUGUUGGUGAUGUAGGCGAAGAAAUGGAUGACGCUGUGGACGAGGAAGUUAAUAAAAUAGUUGAACAAUACACGAACGAAAAAUUCAAGAAUGUUGAUCAUGUCCCUACCAUAGAAUUACCAACCAAUGAGGAAGAUCAGGAAAUUCCAGAUGAGAAGGUUGAUGAAGAAGCAGAUAAGAUGGUAAAUGAAAUGCGUGAAAGGCUCAGAGCUUUACAAAACUAA